AUGGGCUUGGCAAAAUCCAAACCCAGCGGGUCGGACCACAAGGCUCACCCUCAAGUCAAGAAUCAAGAGGAGGGUGUACCGAUGUACUCGUCACACCAUUUUAACACGACCAAACAACAUCAAAAUGCCACACAUCUGGAACUCCCGUCAGACCCUGACGACAGAGUUUCAGAGCACCGGGAGUCCGGGCAAGAGAUGCACAGAUUUUCCAUAUACAGCACCGUGGACCAGGCACCGCAGCUGAACUUCUACGACAACCCACUCCCCGGGCAGCAGACCCUAAGUCGACCUUCACUGGAGGCCCUCCGCAAAGCCUUCGAAGAUCCAGAACCAGGAAACCAUGCAGAUGACUCUGGUAUGAGUGGUCCACCAGUCAGUGGAAAUGAAGAACAGCAGCAGCAGAAGAAGGCCCCCGUCCGCUUUGGCUGGGUGACCGGAGUCAUGGUGCGUUGUAUGCUGAACAUUUGGGGAGUCAUACUGUUUCUCCGCCUGUCAUGGAUCACCUCCCAAGCAGGCAUUUUGUUGACCUGGGUCAUCAUCCUCAUGUCUGUGGUAGUGACCUCAGUAACUGCCCUCUCCAUCUCUGCCAUUGCCACCAAUGGGAGGGUCGUCUCAGGGGGUGCCUAUUUCAUGAUCUCCCGAACCCUGGGUCCUGAGAUGGGUGGGCCUAUCGGUGUUGUGUUCUCCUUCGCCAAUGCCCUGGGCUGUGCCCUACACACUGUGGGCUUUGCUGAGUCCGUCCGCGAUCUCCUGAAGGAUUUUGAUGCCAUCAUGGUGGAUGAUAUCAAUGACGUCCGCAUCGUGGGUGCCAUCACGGUGACUCUGCUCCUGCUCAUUUCAUUGGCUGGAAUGGAGUGGGAGGCAAAGACCCAAAUCUUGUUCUUCUUCGUUCUCCUGGUCUCAUUUGCCAACUACUUUGUGGGCACAGUGAUCCCUGCCAGCCCAAAGAAACAAGCCAUGGGGAUCUUCAGCUACCGUCGUGACAUCUUCAUAUCAAACUUGCUACCAGAGUUCAGAGAUGGAAAUACCUUCUUCCAAAUGUUUGCCAUCUUCUUCCCCUCUGCCACCGGCAUCCUCUCUGGGGCCAACAUUUCCGGAGACCUCAAGGACCCAGGGACUGCCAUUCCCAAAGGCACUCUCAUGGCCAUUUUCUGGACCACAGUGAGCUACCUCACCAUUUCUGCAACUGCUGGGUCAUGUGUAGUACGGGAUGCCUCCGGCAGCCAAAAUGACAGUCUGACUGGGAAUAGCACAGACGGGUGUGUGGGACUAGCGUGCCAACUGGGCUGGAACUUCACACAGUGCAUUGAAUCAAAGUCCUGUAAUUUUGGCUUGGCCAACAACUACAAGGUACUUGGUCAGGUGUCGGGAUUUUACUACCUCAUCACUGCUGGUCUCUUUGCAGCUAGCCUGUCAUCUGCCCUCGCCUUUCUUGUCUCUGCCCCAAAAGUCUUUCAGUGUCUGUGCAGAGACAACAUCUACCCAUACAUUGGAUUCUUUGCAAAGGGUUAUGGGAAAAAUGAUGAGCCGCUUCGGGCCUACCUGCUCUGUUACUUCAUUGCUAUGGCAUUCAUUCUUAUUGCGAAGCUGGACACCAUUGCUGGUUUGAUAUCCAAUUUUUUCCUGUGUUCCUAUGCCCUCAUUAACUUCAGCUGCUUUCAUGCUUCCAUCACCUGCUCACCUGGCUGGAGGCCCUCAUUUCACUACUACAGUAAAUGGACAGCUUUGUUUGGAGCUACAAUCUCAAUUGUGCUGAUGUUUCUGUUGAGCUGGUGGGCUGCUCUCACCACAUUUUGUAUCAUUUUCUUCCUGCUUGGAUAUGUUACCUACAACAAGCCAAAGGUAAACUGGGGAACAUCUGUGCAGGCUGGUGCUUACAAAAUGGCUUUGUCCUACUCUGUCACUCUUUCUGGGGUGGAGGAUCAUGUCAAGAACUUUAGGCCUCAGUGUCUGGUGCUGACAGGGCCCCCAAACCAACGGCCAGCCCUGGUGGACUUUGUCAGCUCUUUUACCAAGCACACAAGCCUCAUGAUCUGUGGAGACAUCCUCCUGGAGCCGGAGAGACAAAAUCUUCCCCAGAAUGGAACAGACUAUUUGGUAAAAUGGCUGAACAAGAGGAAGGUGCGCUCGUUUUAUACGGCAUUCGCUGGGGACAGUCUCAGAGCUGGGACUCGGCACUUGCUGCAGGCUUCCGGACUUGGAAAGCUGAGGCCUAACACUCUAGUUUUAGGCUUUAAGGCAAACUGGAGGGAAAGCUCUCCAGAAAGCCUGGAUGACUAUAUCAACACCAUAUAUGACACUUUUGACUCAAAUUACUGUUUGUGUAUCCUGAGGAUGAUGGACGGACUGGAUAUCUGUGACCAGUUUGAGUGUGAAGUGAAACAGGGCUUUGAGCCAGAUGAACCUGUUGAUCAUGAGGACAGUCAGACUACUGAAGGGGAUACAGCCAGUAACCUCCCCAGUCAGCAGAUGAAGACCAUGUUUCAGAAUGACCAGGGAAAAAAGACCAUUGAUGUCUAUUGGAUAGCGGAUGAUGGGGGUCUGACACUCCUUGUGCCUUACCUGCUCACCAGGAGGAAACGCUGGCGUCAGAGCAAAGUCAGGGUCUUCAUCGUGGGAGACCCAGACAAUGUGGAAGAAGGCCGCAAGGAGAUGAUCUCGUUGCUGAAUAGGUUCCGUCUGGACUUUAAUGACGUCGUUGUUAUGACGGACACCGAGAAGCCCCCACAUGUCAAAAAUCUGAAAAGGUUUGACGAUUUAGUCACACCCCUCAGGCUGAAUGAGGAACAGCUUGAUGACGUUUUGGCCAAGGAGCUGAGAGAGCAAUGCUCCUGGAGGAUAUCUGGCAAGGACCUGGAGGCCUUUAGAAUCAAGUCUGAGAGAAAAGUGAGGUUGAACGAAACCAUCCGGAGGAACUCACAACACACUGCUCUUGUCUUAGUGAGCCUCCCGGUGCCCCAGAAUGACUGUCCCAGGGCUCUUUACAUGGCCUGGCUUGAAACACUGACUUGUGGCCUCCACUGUCCCGUGGUGCUGAUACGAGGAAACCAGCAGAAUGUACUUACCUUCUACUGCCAGUAA